GUCCGCAGUCGCUGCACCAAUUCAGUGUGAACGGACGCGGCGAGCGAGCGCGCUCUGUGAUUCGAGAACACGUGUGUGUGAAUGUGAAGUGACUGUGUUUAAAGAUAACCAACUAAAACAAGAAUGGACAUUACCAAACCACAUAAACAACAAAAGUGCGCACUAAAAGAAGACUAUACGUGAACGCCUAAAAAUGUAAAGAACCAUGAAAGUUGAGGUCCUGUUCAGCGUGGACCUUGGAAACUUCACUUUAGACCUGCGGGACCUAUCCACCUCAAUGUAUCUCACGGACAGCUAUCUCAACAAGACCCUUGAAGUUAAUGAGACAACGAACGACUUCGUUUACUCGAAUCAGUUCGAGGACGAACCGUUUAUUGUCUUUUUGGUCAUUCUGAAAUGUGUCAUUAUGCUGUUUAUUAUCUUGGCUGCGAUAUUCGGCAACCUUCUAGUCAUCGUCUCCGUAAUGCGACAUAGGAAACUCAGAGUCAUUACGAACUACUUUGUCGUAUCUUUAGCUCUUGCCGACAUGCUGGUUGCUAUAUGGGCCAUGUGCUUCAACUUCAGCGUCGAAAUUACUAACGGGGUCUGGCUCUUCGGGUACUUCAUGUGCGAUGUUUGGAACUCCCUGGAUGUCUACUUUUCAUCAGCCAGCAUCCUUCACUUAUGCUGUAUCAGCGUUGACAGAUACUAUGCCAUUGUCCAGCCAUUGGAUUAUCCUCUGAUUAUGACUACAGCAAAAUUGGGCAUCAUGUUGGCCGUUGUCUGGUGCAGUCCAGCGCUCGUAUCGUUCUUGCCGAUAUUCAUGGGCUGGUACACGACGGAAGACCACCUAGACUUCAGGAGGCGGUAUCCCAAAGUGUGCAGUUUUACCGUGAAUAAAGUGUAUGCUGUUGUGUCGAGCAGUGUGAGUUUCUGGAUACCGGGAGUCAUCAUGCUGUUCAUGUACUAUAGGAUUUAUGUGGAGGCGGAUAGGCAAGAGAGAAUGUUGUACAGGAGCAAAGUGGCAGCACUGUUACUUGACAAGCACCUUCAAAUCAACGGCAUCUCCAUGGGCGAGGUUAUGAGGGAGCGGCAAAGUAUACAGAUGCAACCGAUGGCCAGUAGCAAGAUGAAACGCGAAAGAAAAGCCGCCAGGACCUUGGGGAUCAUCAUGUCUGCAUUCUUGGCUUGCUGGCUACCCUUUUUCUUAUGGUACAUAAUAACAGCUCUCUGCGGGGACGGAUGCCCUUCCCCCCCGCCAGUGGUGGCCGGUGUUUUCUGGGUCGGCUACUUCAACUCCGCUCUCAACCCGCUGAUCUACGCUUACUUCAACCGGGACUUCAGAGCUGCCUUCAGGAAGACCCUGGAUUCCUGCUGCAGAUCUCUAUGCGGUGACUUCGGUCGUCGCUACUGCUGUCAACGCCCUCGCCGGGAGAACCACCACUCCAACGCCUCUUCAGACAUCCACAUGAACAAUUGCGUCAAGUCGACUUCAGCAGACGUGUUGAGGGCCCACCAGGCCUCCUGCUCGAGGCCCGAAGAGAUCAUGUUCGAGACGUAGGCAGUGAAGUGAAAGUAUCUGAUCUGCUUAUCGUGACGUAAAUAGUAUUAUUUAAUUAGGCGGUUUUUAAUGAAAUUGAUCCAAUCUUAUAUUUUAUUGGUGUUUAAAUAUUUUUUUAUGAUUUAAUAUGACUGGUUUUAGAGGCUUUAGAUUGGAACUAUUUUAUUAAAUUUCGUCUAAUUAUUACCAAAAAGAACUACACAGACAGCAGUCAAUGACUGUGUGCAAUACCACCGCUUUCUUUUUAUAAACAAAGACUUUUGGGAUAACGUUAUUUUUAAUAUCUGUUUUAAUUAAUAUAAUUCUUGCUAAUACCGUUGCUACUGCAAGUACAUUAAAGUUUAAUUUGAAAAUGACUGUUACACAUUUAAUAUUUACAUUCAACAUCGUUGGUGGUGAAAAAUUCACCCACACAAUGCUGUCACAUCAGUACUUUAUAUUCUCGAAUGUUAGCACAAAAAGACAUUUAAUGAAAGCCUAAGGAGAUAUCUAUUAUCAAUAAAAAAAAUGUAAGAAAUAUCGUCAAUGUCAAAAAAAUUUUGUCAAUGGCUUUGAUAAUAUCAUUCUCAAUUUUUUAUAUUUCGAAUUCAUGAAAAAGUGACAUUGUCUGCACAGAAUCUCUUUUAUUAAUUACUUAUUAAGGAGGUGAUAGACUAGGGCAUUUAUUUUUAAUCUUUUGAACACGACCUUAUAUGUUUUGUUUUAAGCCAAUUUUAAAAUCUAACGAACGUAUUGGUGUAACAUUUUACCGAGCAAAGGUCGUCGAGCGCUGGUGACUCGGAGUGAGGUAGGCAAAGUAGAAAGAAAUGUUACAGGUUAAUGAUGACUCGCCUUAAGCAUAACGCCGAGCGCAGCGUCGAACAUUCGCAGGAAUGGUACAUUACCUGCUUUGGGGAACUGUGUUUUUGCUUGUAGCAUUCGCAAGAACAAUGUCAUGCUCUAGCAAAUAGUCUAGAGUAUACUCACCUUUAUAAAGAAGUCUAUUUUAUUAAGUUUGUAGAGGAUCAAACGAUAUUUCACAUUUUAUAAUUUACGUUGGUACAUUGACUUCCAAAAAUGUUAUUCUAGAUUUAUGAUGGCGUUAUGAACGAAGUUUCACCUGAACAUGCGAAAGUUUCUUCAUAUUCUCGUUUGGACUAAACCUUGCACUUAUAAUUCUAGCUGCACUUCUAAAAUAAAGCAAAUUUAGUUUUAAAGAAAUCUUCACUAAUUACUGUUUUAAAGCAUUAGUUGCAAUCGUUAUGCCGGCUUACAAAAUUAGCAGGACACCACAAAAAUACACGUGACGAUUAAUUUUUAGGUUAUAUCUUUGUGUGAUGCUUGACAUUCAAACUGAAAGAAGAGUAAAUAGCAAGUUAAGUAAAUAGACCGAUGGACUACAUUAUCGCUGGAAAUACCAAGCGAAGUUGCUUUGAUAACCCUGUCUUCUAUAAAACUAUUUGCCUGCGGGCUAAGUAUAGCGCAGUUGUAAAAGUUACAGCCCUAGAUUUAAUGAAGUAAAUAACUUACCCAAGCCCAAUUUUAUCGCCUCCCACUACAGAAAAAUUUAAAUAUUUCGUCGUUUUUACAGCGCAUUCGGUAGAUCUUUAUUUCUUUUACAUUUUUGAGAAAACCAUUUGUUAGAGCUAUAUUUUUAGUGACAUGUUAGUCGCUAUUAUAAUUUAACAUGCAGAGGCGUUAUAUUCGAGGAAAGAUAUUAGUUUUAUUUUAUCACUAGUUAUCGCCUACGGCUCCGCCCGCGUGAAUAGGAUUAUUCGGGAUAAAUAUUCUUUCCAGGAUAAGUAGUCUCAAUAACGUUAUUAAUUAACUUGUAACGCAAGAAAAUAAUUAUGACCCUUAAAUAUAUUUAAGCUUUUUUAUCAUAAUCUAUAAGGUCAAGGGCCUUAUUCCAUCUAUAGGGACGCAACUGUCUUUUUGCAAUCAUGGUUGUUCUAAUCGAAGUCCAGCUUUGAUGACCGUAUAGGUAAAUAGGGUAUAUUUUGACUCUCUUACUUGAUUGCAAAAAGACGGAUAUACUAGACCUUACUGCAUUAAAUUAGAGACUAUUUUAAUCGAACACGCUAACCACCGAAACUAAGACUCCGAUUUCGAGAUUUUAUUGACUAAUAGGAGACUACAUUAUCUCAGAGUAUAAUAGAUCAGAUUUUUCUGGGAAAUUGACUUUUGGACGGGAUAGACCACAACAAAACCAAUAAAUAUAAUUACGUAACAAAUUCAAAUAUCUGCAUCAAAUCAAGGUUGAAAGUUUUAAUCAUUUUAAUAUCUCCUAUUAACACCUACUUUCGCCAUAAAUUACUAUCUUUCAUAUUCAAGACGAGUUACUGAAUCAGAGCAAAAUUGUAGUUAACAAGGUGAAGGAUAUUAACAAUAAUGGAAUUAACUGUUGAGGUUUGCAUAGACAAAUACAAAGCCUUUUUUAUAAUGUAAUGUAAACUG